AUGUCUGACAACAACGACGCUGCUAAGAAGGAAGAGGAGAAGAGGAAGAAGCAAGAGGAAACUGCUAAGAAACUGAUCGCGGAGGAGGAGAAGAGACAGGAGGCGAUCAGGAAGGCCUGUGCACAUAUGCAAGCGAAAAUCGACAAGGAGAAGGCGGAGGAGGCUGCUAAGAAGCAGAGCAAGUAGACUUGUUGUGAUGCUUGGAUCAGCGUGGCCAGCCACUGCAGCCAGCCUUGGAUGUUGAACAUGACGGGGGUUUGAUAAAGUCUGGUGAUGAUCCCGUGGGAAUCGGUGGG